GUUCGAUUCGUCCGAUAUCCACAUCCCUACUACAAUAAAGCAAUAUUUUCCGCAUGCAACCAAAAACCAACUAAUAUAAUGGUAGCCGUGGAAUUAUAAUUGCGAAGUUGAUUCGAUUUGGAUAGCCAACCAGUCGCUGAAGGACCCUCAUUUGGUCACCGGGACGCCGACUGUCGGAAAAGAUCAAUCCACAGCCGGAAAUUGCACGAGAAGUCUCUUCGCCUUGAGGUCGCGAGUUGCCAAUUUGUUGUCGGCCCCAGUGCAAAAGUCGCACAAAACGCAAGGAAUACUUGCUGGUAGUUCUGUGAGCGGACCAGGCCAUACCGGUGCGACGGAAGCAGGGCAGGAUCAGGCGAACAGGAGCGGAGUGGAGAGCCUGCGGGCAGCCGGGUCCGAAAGCUAUGAGUGCUGCCAAGAAGUAUAAGCCCAUGGACACAACUGAGCUGCACGAGAAUACCGAGAACAUCGCCGCCUGCCUGAAGAAGGCCGAGAACGCCGCCCCCACCGCAGCCGCCGCCUCGAGCCUAGGUCGCAGUGCCUUCGCUGCCCAAAACAUGAACUCCGCGUCCACCAAUGGCGAGCGCCUGCCAAACUUCUCCAAGCUGGGCGGCAGCCAUGCCGAGAUUCGCACGGCUUCAACUACCUCAAACCUUCUCAAUCGCAUGGGGGCCAUACACAACAGCAAGCCCGGCGACGUCAAGAAGAUAGUGAUUAAGAACUUCAAGGCUAAGCCCACACUGCCCGAUAACUACUCCGAGGACACGUACGUGAAGCUCGAGGAGGCCGUUAUCGCCAUCCAACUCUCGAAGCCCAUAAAAUAUUCGCUGGAAGAGCUCUACCAGGCGGUGGUCAACAUGUGCAGCCACAAGAUGGAUGCGCAGUUGUACGCGAAACUGAAGGAGCUUACUGAGCAGCACGUAAAGCGCAAUAUUAAGCUCAAGGAGCUCACUGGCGGCAGCAUGGACAAACUGAUUUUGCUAGAGAAGAUCAACCACUGGUGGCUUUCGUUCUGCCAGCAGAUGAUCAUGAUUCGUAGCAUAUUCUUGUACAUGGACCGGACAUAUGUGCUGCAGAACUCGUCCAUUCACUCGAUUUGGGACAUGGGACUGGACCUUUUUCGCAUCCAUUUUGCUCAGAACAGCGUCGUCCAAAAGCGGACCGUCGACGGUUUACUAACGCUAAUCGAAAAGGAACGCCAGGGCUCCACCGUGGACCGAGGUCUGUUAAAGAGUUUGGUGCGCAUGCUGUGCGACCUGCAGAUCUAUACCAGCUCCUUUGAGGAGAAGUUCCUGGACGCAACCAACCAACUGUACAAGGCUGAGAGUCAACGCAAGAUGCAGGAACUGGAGGUGCCCGAGUACUUACAGCACGUCAACAAGCGUUUAGCGGAGGAGAACGAGCGCUUGCGGCACUAUCUGGACUCCAGCACAAAGCAUCCGCUGAUAUACAAUGUGGAAAAGGAGCUUCUUGCGGAACACCUAACGUCAAUAUUGCAAAAGGGCUUGGAUUCGUUGUUGGAAGACAACAGACUGAACGACCUCACACUUUUGUACGGCCUGCUUAGCCGAGUUAAAAAUGGAACUUCUGAGCUGUGUGGCAACUUCAACGGUUUCAUCAAGAAAAAGGGGCGCACCAUUGUUAUCGAUCCUGAGAAGGAUAAGAGUAUGGUUCAAGACUUGCUAGAUUUCAAGGAUAAAAUGGAUGUGAUCGUUCGCACUUGCUUCGAGCACAAUGAGAAAUUCACAAACUCACUGCGCGAGGCCUUUGAGUUCUUUAUCAACCAGCGUGCCAACAAGCCGGCCGAACUCAUUGCUAAAUACGUAGACAUGAAACUGCGAUCAGGUAACAAGGGAACCACCGAUGAAGAGUUGGAGAAGACUCUGGAUAAAAUCAUGGUUCUGUUCCGCUUUAUACACGGCAAGGACGUCUUUGAAGCGUUUUACAAAAAGGACUUGGCCAAACGACUACUUGUGGGCAAAUCGGCCUCAGUGGAUUCCGAAAAGAGUAUGCUGUCCAAGCUAAAACAGGAGUGCGGCGGAGGAUUCACAUCCAAGCUGGAGGGAAUGUUUAAGGACAUGGAGUUGAGCCGGGAUAUAAACACUGCGUUCCGCGGACACGCGUUAAGCAACAAUCGCGAUGUCCACAACUUAGACUUGUGCGUCAGCAUUCUAACUAUGGGGUACUGGCCAACAUAUGCGCCCACGGAAGUCACAAUGCCGCCACAGUUUAUUAAUCCGCAGCAGAUUUUCAACAAGUUUUAUCUGGAAAAGCACAGCGGGCGGAAGUUGCAGUGGCAGCCAACUUUGGGAAAUUGUAUGCUGCGUGCGCAGUUUGAUGCGGGUCCAAAGGAAUUGUUGGUCUCGCUGUUUCAAGCGCUUGUGCUGUUAUUGUUCAACGAUAAGCCAAUUUUAAGCUACGAGGAGAUAUUGGCCGCGACCCUCAUUGAGGACGGAGAGUUGCGUAGGACACUUCAAUCUCUGGCUUGUGGUCGCGCCCGCGUUAUAACGAAAACACCGAAAGGUCGCGAAAUUUUAGAUGGCGAUCAGUUCGACUUCAACAAUGAGUUCACAAACAAAUUGUUCAGAAUCAAGAUCAACCAAAUACAGAUGAAGGAGACGAACGAGGAGCAAAAGGCGACGGAAGAGCGAGUUUUCCAAGAUCGUCAGUAUCAAAUAGAUGCGGCUAUUGUGCGAAUUAUGAAAAUGCGGAAAACGCUAAGCCACAAUCUACUCAUCACCGAGCUGUUCAACCAGCUCACCUUCCCCGUCAAGCCCGCUGACUUAAAAAAGCGCAUCGAGUCGCUCAUCGAUCGCGACUAUAUGGAGCGGGACAAGGAUAAUCAAAAUCAAUACAACUACGUGGCAUAAAUUGCCGCAACUUCUGUGAACUCCGAACACCGAUUCGAUUGUAAUUCGUUCUAUACCAUACGCAUACAUACUAACAGUCUAAUGAAGUUUUUGGAGUGUCCCUGGUCCGUUCAGCGAUGUUCAGAAGAUUUUUCAGCUGUAAUUUUGUUUCUUCUAUAACUAGAUCGUUGAACAAUCCCCCAGCUAAUGGUAGUAUAGUUGCUACAGUUCUUUUUGUAAGUUACCUUAUCAAUUAAGCAGAUAAUUUACGAGCCGUGCCCCUUGGAAGAGGUCAUCGCCAUCGGAAAGUAGAAAGGUCCAGCAAUAUAAAAUUGUCGUCAACCCGAAAAAAGAACCAAGUGUUCAAUAAACUCAUUUAUUGGACUAAU